GAGGAAAACUUGAAACUUUGAUACGUGAAAAGAACGCUGAACAAAAAAAAAUACAAUUUUUAAAACUUGGUUUGAAUUGAAGAGUGGUAUCUGAGAACAACGUUGACGCAGCAAUAAUAAAUCAGAAAUGUCUGAAUCCUUGCAAAAAUACGGAGUCCCGUUCUACUCUGCUGCUUGGUUUCCGUACAAGCAAGUCAGAUCUAAACUCAAAUCUCAGUCCGACGACGAUCAUCCCGAUGAAUACUACGUCGUUCUGGCCGGAGGUGGCGGCGAAGGCCGUAGCGGUAUCCCAAACGCUGUCGUUCUUUCUCGAUUUGAUUUCGCCUCCAAUUCAUUGUCUUCUCAGCCGGAAGCUAAGUUUGGAAUUGGUUCUGAUUUGCCUUAUAGAAUGGCUGUUCAUCCCGGCGGCGACGGAGUUAUUUGUGCUUUGCCGAACAGCUGCCGGUUUUAUGAGUGGGACGAAGUCGAGGAAGAUGAAGUGCACAAAUUGGGAAUAAAAGAGUCAGAUAAGGUGCUGACUCAGUUAGAGGACGUUGGACAGCAAUUAGCAUUGGCCUUUAACAGUGACAGUUCUUUGCUUGCUGUUGGUGGAGAGGAUGGCAAAUUAAGGGUUUUCAAGUGGCCAAGCAUGGAAAUUAUUCUUAACGAGGCUGAAGCUCAUACUUCUGUAAAGGACUUAUGUUUCAGCCUUGACGGGAAAUUUCUUGCGACCUUGGGAGGUGGUGGUCCUGGUAGGAUUUGGGAUGUGACUUCUUCAACUGCAGUAUCUUCCUUAUCAAAGGAAAAUGGAGAGCGAUUUGCCUCUUGCAGAUUUUCUCAAAGUAGCAGUCAGACUCAGGUUCUUUACAUUGCUGCUAUGACGGAAAAGGGUGGAAGUAUUAUAACUUGGGAUGCAAGUUCAUGGAAGAGAACUCGCUCAAAGCAUGUAACUCGUGAUGGCAUUGCUUCUUUUGAUGUCUCACCUGAUGGAAAGUUCCUUGCAGUGGGAUUAAGUGAAGGAAAUGUGCUCCUCAUAAAAUCAAGCAAUAUGCAGAUUCAAACGGUGGUUAAGAAAGCGCAUAUUGGCAUUGUAACAUCGGUGGCAUUCUCCCAUGAUUCAAGGGCUUUGGUGUCUGCAUCCAUGGACUCAAGUGCAAGGGUGACUCUAGUUGAGGACAAGAAAACUGGAGGAUCAAGCUUGUGGUUGAUAAUUCUUGUAAUUUUACUUGCAAUCGCUGCAUUUUUCAUGAUGAAUGAAGGACUUCUUCCUACGUUUGGCUAAAAUUCAAUGGCGGAACUGAACCACUCAUGCUAGAACUAUUAUUUUAACCUUUUGUCAUGUCAUGGAAGUAGAGAUAUGUAAAUUAUAAGUAAGAGCUUGUAAAUGUGCAAUCAUGAUUCAUUUUUGAAUGUAGUGUUGUGCCUGAUGGAGAUGAGGCACAACCUAUGAAGGUCAAUCUACAAUUACAAGAAAUAGCAGAAUAGUUUCUUUGUAUGUGGUUUGAUGCAUUCAUGUAUGGACUCUAGAGGUCUUACUCGGAAAUUAUAGGCGUGCUUAUGCCUUUUUUUCUUAA